UCCGACCCGCAGCAGCUGGGUGAGUGGUAGCGUUCAGAUAAGCAUCUGUGCCUCUGUGGGGACUCUGGGACCGCUUGGCACCCAGGACACUUGUCCUCUCCUGUCAUGUACAACGGAUCUUGCUGCCUCAUAGAGGGGGACCCCAUCUCUGGGGUGAUGCCACCGCUGCUCAUUCUGGCCUUUGUGCUGGGUGCCCUGGGCAACGGGCUCGCCCUAUGCGGCUUCUGCUUCCACAUGAAGACCUGGAAGCCGAGCACUAUUUACCUUUUCAACUUGGCUGUGGCUGAUUUCCUCCUCGUGAUCUGCUUGCCCCUUCGGACAGACUAUUACCGCAGACAGCGACACUGGGCCUUUGAGGACAUACCCUGUCGGCUGGUGCUGUUCAUGGUCGCCAUGAACAGGGCUGGGAGCAUUGUAUUCCUCACGGUGGUGGCUGUGGACAGGUAUUUCAAGGUGGUCCACCCCCACCAUAUGGUGAACACCAUCUCCAACCGGACAGCAGCUGGCAUUGUCUGUGCCCUUUGGACCAUGGUCAUCCUGGGGACUCUGUACCUUUUAACGGAGAACCACCUGUGUGUGCAAGAGAAGGCUGUGUCUUGUGAGAGCUUCAUCAUGGAAUCUGCCAAUGGCUGGCACGACAUCAUGUUCCAGCUGGAGUUCUUUUUGCCUCUAGGCAUCAUCUUGUUCUGCUCCUUCAAGAUUGUUUGGAGCCUGAAGCAGAGGCAGCAGCUGGCCAGACAGACUCGGAUGAAGAAGGCAAUUCGGUUCAUCAUGGUGGUGGCUGUCGUGUUUGUCACAUGCUACCUGCCUAGCGUGUUGGCCAGACUGUAUUUCCUCUGGACAAUGCCCUCGAGCGCCUGCAAUGCCUCUGUCCACGUAGCCCUCCAUGUCACCCUCAGCUUCACCUACCUGAACAGCAUGCUGGAUCCCUUGGUGUAUUACUUUUCAAGUCCCUCAUUUCCCAAAUUCUACACUAAGCUCAAAAUCCGCAGUCUGAGACCCAAGCAGCCAGGACAUUCAAAGACACCGAGGCUGGAGGAGAUGCCAAUCUCAGACCUCUGUCGCAAGAGUUGCAUCAGCAUGGCAAAUAGUUUCCAAAGCCGGUCUGAUGUUCGCCGGGAUCUCCAAAUGUGUUGAAUGGCACUAAGGAAACAGACCAACUUCUAGAAGGACAGAUUGGCAACUUAGAAUUAACCCCUAAAGGGUAGGGGUUUUGAAAA